AUGAGCUCGCCCAAGAGACGGAUCGAGACGGAUGUCAUGAAGCUGCUCAUGAGUGACUACGAGAUAACGCUCGUGAACGACAACAUGCAGGAGUUUUACGUGCGGUUCCAUGGGCCAGCAGAGACGCCAUUUGAGGGAGGAGUGUGGAAAGUGCACGUCGAACUACCCGAUCAAUAUCCAUACAAGUCUCCUUCGAUCGGUUUCAUGAACCGCAUCUUCCACCCGAACAUCGACGAGUUAUCAGGCUCAGUCUGUCUGGACGUGAUCAAUCAGACCUGGUCGCCAAUGUUCGACAUGAUCAACAUCUUCGAAGUCUUUCUGCCGCAGCUGCUGCGAUAUCCAAACCCAACGGAUCCGCUCAACGGCGAGGCUGCUGCGCUGCUCAUGCGCGAGCCAAAGAACUACGACGCAAAGGUCAAGGAGUACGUCAGGAAGUAUGCGACAAAGGAGAGCGCAGACGCUGUUGGCGCGGAGGACGGCGAGGAUGGGGAAGGCGAAGAGAGCGAGGAAGAAGAGAUGAGCGACGUGGGCAGCUUCAGCGAGGAAGAAGCUGCAGGCGACAUGGAGUUAUGA